ACCCCCGUCACCCCCAGUCUCCUCUCCCGCAGCUGCCUGCUCGGGCUGGUCCCAGUCAGCACCCCGUCAGCCCAGAGCUGCCAGCCAGUUUGCAGAGAGGUAAAACUCCCUUUGACUGAGAGCGGGUGAACUAGCUGCACGUUGCAAAGAAGGCUCUUGGCGACUAGGGAGCGGCUUCGACACCGCCGCCAGGACCUGGCUAGUUAGGCGGCAAGCCGAGAGGGCUCCAGGGUUCCCUCCACUCCCUUUCCACCCCCUCUUGCCUGCCCCCACCUCGAGUGCCGAGCCAAAGAUCAAAAGAUGAGAAGGCAAUCAGGGCUUCAGUAGCCCAAAACAAAAACCAAACCAAAAACAAAACAAGAAGAAAACCGGAUUCUUAUUUGCACCUGCUUCGGUGGACGCUGAAUUUGGAAGGCAGAAGUUUUUUGUUUUUGUUUUUGUUUUUCUUUUCCUCCCCCUCAAGAUAUGUAGAAUUUUUUCAAUCUACGCUUGAAGUACUGAGGGACAGACCAAGCCUAGCAAGGCAGAUCGUGCCCAGCGCGUGUUUUUCUCUGCACGAGACUUUGAGGUUGCCAGAGCUGUUUUUUUUUUUUUUUUUUUUUUUUUCAUUGCUCCUGCAAGUUCGCUCCCUGGAGCUUCCCGCAGGUGGACAGCUGGCUUCAGCGACUACUGCAUCGUCACAGCCUGUUGAACUCUUCUGAGCAAGGAAAGAGCAGGUAGGGGUAAGGGAAUUAGGUGGCAGAUUGAACCAAGCUCAAGGAUGGAGGUGCAGCUGGGGCUCGGGAGGGUCUACCCCCGGCCGCCGUCCAAGACCUAUCGAGGAGCUUUUCAGAAUCUGUUCCAGAACGUGCGCGAAGUAAUCCAGAACCCGAGCCCCAGGCACCCUGAGGCUGCAAGCGCAGCACCUCCCGGCGCCCGUUUACAGCAGCAGCAGCAGCAGCAGGAGGAGGAGACCAGCCCCCGCCAGCAGCAGCAACAGCAGCAGGGUGAGGAUGGCUCUCCUCAAGCCCAGAUCAGAGGCCCCACGGGCUACCUGGCCCUGGAUGAGAGACAACAGCCUUCACAUCAGCAGCCAGCCCCUGAGGGCCGUCCCGAGAACAGCUGCGUCCCAGAGCCUGGAGCCGCUGUAGCCGGCGGUAAGGGGCUGCCGCAGCAGCCGCCAGCACCUCCGGACGAGGAUGACUCAGCUGCCCCAUCCACGUUGUCCCUGCUGGGCCCCACUUUCCCGGGCUUAAACAGCUGCUCUGCCGACCUUAAAGACAUCCUGAGCGAGGCCAGCACCAUGCAACUGCUUCAGCAGCAGCACCACCACCACCACCAGCAGCAGCAGCAGCAGCAGCAGCAGGACGCGGCAACCGAAGGCAGCAGCGGGAGAGCGAGGGAGGCCGCUGGGGCUUCCACCUCCUCCAAGGACAGUUACCUAGGGAGCACCUCUGCCAUCUCCGACAGCGCCAAGGAGUUGUGUAAGGCAGUGUCAGUGUCCAUGGGCUUGGGUGUGGAGGCGUUGGAGCAUCUGAGUUCUGGAGAACAGCUUCGGGGAGAUUGCAUGUAUGCUCCGCUCCUGGGAGGUCCACCCGUUGUGCGUCCCACUCCCUGCCUCCCGCUGGUGGAAUGCAAAGGUUCCCUGCUGGACGAUGGCCCAGGUAAGGGCACCGAAGAGACGGCUGAGUAUACCCCUUUCAAGGGAGGUUACACCAAGGGGCUAGAAGGCGAGAGCCUGGGUUGCUCUGGCAGCGGCGAAGCAGGGAGCUCCGGGACACUUGAACUUCCGUCCACUCUGUCUCUCUACAAGUCCGGAACUCUGGACGAAGCAGCAGCGUACCAGACUCGUGACUAUUACAACUUUCCGCUGGCCCUGGCCGGGCAGCCACCCCCUCCACCACCUCCUCAUCCCCACGCUCGCAUCAAGCUGGAGAACCCGCUUGACUACGGCAGCGCCUGGGCGGCCGCCGCAGCACAGUGCCGCUAUGGGGACCUGGCAAGCCUGCACGGCGGGGGUGCAGCGGGACCCGGCUCCGGCUCGCCCUCAACCGCCGCUUCCUCUUCCUGGCACACACUCUUCACAACCGAAGAAGGCCAGCUGUAUGGGCCCUGUGGCGGGGGCGGCGGCAGUGGCCCUGGCGAGGCAGGGGCCGUGGCUCCCUAUGGCUACACUCGGCCACCUCAGGGGCUGACUGGACAGGAAGGAGACUUUCCGGCACCCGAAGUGUGGUAUCCCGGCGGCGUGGUGAGCAGAGUGCCCUAUCCUAAUCCCAGCUGUGUCAAAAGCGAGAUGGGACCCUGGAUGGAGAGCUAUUCUGGACCUUACGGGGACAUGCGUUUGGAGACUGCUAGGGACCACGUUUUGCCCAUCGACUAUUACUUUCCACCCCAGAAGACCUGCCUGAUCUGCGGAGAUGAAGCUUCUGGCUGUCACUAUGGAGCUCUCACUUGUGGAAGCUGCAAGGUCUUCUUCAAAAGAGCCGCUGAAGGCAAACAGAAGUACCUGUGUGCCAGCAGAAAUGAUUGCACCAUUGACAAAUUCCGAAGGAAAAAUUGUCCUUCUUGCCGUCUCCGGAAAUGCUACGAAGCAGGGAUGACUCUGGGAGCACGGAAGCUGAAGAAACUUGGAAAUCUGAAACUGCAAGAGGAAGGCGAGUCUUCCAGUGCCACCAGCCCCACUGAAGAUACAACUCAGAAGUUGACAGUAUCACACAUGGAAGGCUAUGAGUGUCAGCCCAUCUUCCUCAAUGUCCUGGAAGCCAUUGAGCCAGGUGUGGUGUGUGCUGGACACGACAACAAUCAGCCUGACUCCUUCGCAGCCUUGCUCUCAAGCCUCAAUGAACUGGGCGAAAGACAACUUGUCCAUGUGGUCAAGUGGGCCAAGGCCUUGCCCGGCUUCCGUAACUUGCAUGUGGAUGACCAGAUGGCAGUCAUCCAGUACUCCUGGAUGGGACUCAUGGUGUUUGCCAUGGGCUGGCGAUCCUUCACUAAUGUCAACUCCAGGAUGCUGUACUUUGCCCCUGACCUGGUUUUCAAUGAGUACCGUAUGCACAAGUCCCGGAUGUACAGCCAGUGUGUCCGAAUGAGGCACCUCUCUCAAGAGUUUGGAUGGCUCCAAAUAACGCCCCAGGAAUUCCUGUGCAUGAAAGCCUUGCUACUCUUCAGCAUUAUUCCAGUGGAUGGGCUGAAAAAUCAAAAAUUCUUUGAUGAACUUCGAAUGAACUACAUCAAGGAACUCGAUCGUAUCAUUGCAUGCAAACGAAAAAAUCCCACAUCCUGCUCAAGGCGCUUCUACCAGCUCACCAAGCUCCUGGACUCUGUGCAGCCUAUUGCAAGAGAGCUGCACCAGUUCACUUUUGACCUGCUUAUUAAGUCUCACAUGGUGAGCGUAGACUUUCCAGAAAUGAUGGCAGAGAUCAUCUCUGUGCAAGUGCCCAAGAUUCUUUCUGGGAAAGUCAAGCCCAUCUAUUUCCACACGCAGUGAAGCUUUGGAAGUGUCCAUUUCCCUACUCCACCCCACUCCUUUUUUCUGAUGUCUUCUGCCUGUUAUAACUGCACUACUUCUCUGCAGUGCCUUGGGGAAUUUCCUCUAUUGACGUACAAUCUGUCAUGAACAUGUUCCUGAGUUCUAUUGGCUGGGCUUUUUUUUUUCUCUUUUCUUCCUUUUUUUUCUUCUUCCCUUUCUGACUCUCCCAUGGCACCUUCAGACUCUGCUCCCUCUUGUGGCUACUAUCUGUGUUUUGAAUGGUGUUGUAUUUCUUUAAAUAUAUGAUGAUCCUCACGUGGCCCAGUUUAAAGUUGUGCUUGUUUACAGCACCAUGCUGUGAGCCAGCCACGCAAACAUUUACUUACCUAUGCCACGCCACGGGAAGUUUAGAGAACUAAGAGCAUCUGGGGAAAAUAAACAAAAACAAAACCAAGGAAAAAAAAGCAAAAGACAAAAAACUCAACAGAAAAAAAAAGAACCUUGCUAGGAUUUUUUUUUCCUUCUUAAAAAAUGGAAAUAAACAAUAGAAAUCCCCAAUGAGGCCAACAGUGACUAGAAGAAGGUGAAAAUUGCAGGCCCAUGGGGAGUCAGUGCUUUGGUUUCCCCUCCUCCUCCCUGGAAGACUUUAUUUUUGCCAAUGGCUAUUGCCAUUAGAGGCUAGGGUGAUCUCGAACCGAGUUGGAGGGGGGGUGACAGAGCUAGGAGAGGACCAGGAGGGCAGAUAGAUCACUAUUAACUGCCCACAGCCUUGGUCCUGGAGUGAAAUUCAUUGUAAUACAGAUGUGCUUCUUGUUUGAAAACUUGUCUGCAUGUAAACACCUUCCCAUCUCAAAUCUUCUCUCUCAUCCUCUACCUCCAUCCUCAAAUUGACUCUCAAUGGCUUUCUAAGAGCUUUGAGUUGAAUGUUAUCUUUAGCCAAAACUUGGCCGCUUCCACUGAAGAGUCAGACCACUGAGAAGAUGAGGAGAGCUCUGACCCUUUAAGGCUCCAUUUGGAUCCAGGACUGAUUUCCCAUGUGUGAUCCAGGGAGAAGCUUGCAGUUGGAGUCAGAGGAAAAGGAAGUGAUGACUUAGCUAUUCCUCUGCCUAGGACAUUGACCUCUCACUAAUACCACUCCUUCUCCCAUCUUUAAAAUACCUGAAUGAAGUUUUCUGUCAGACUUCAUGUGGCCACAAGCUCUCUCCACAGUCCCUUUAGUGUUUUGGGGGGACUGAACUUCACUACAUUGCAUUUCAGUCAUGGUGGUGAUACUUGUUCACUUCUUUGGGCUUGUCCACAGACUCUUUGCUAAGAGACCCACCACCUCCAAAAUGGCUAGCAGGCCAGCAGCACUGACAUCUCUCUGUAGUUGACUAUAGUCUCAAAACUUUCUCAUCAACUGUCAGAUCGCUGGAGCCCUUCCACAAACUGGUAAGAUGGUAUCAGAGGGAUAGGACAAGUGAGCGUCUUGCCCUUGUCCACCGGAGCUGAUAUCCUCCCACCAUGUGGACAAAUGUCCAUUCCUUCUUCAGAGGGGCUAAUGCAGCUACUCAGAUCAAAGUUGAAAAAAAAACUCAGUUACCAAGGAUGAACAAAGGCAUUAGAACCAGAGACCCUGUAAAUGCUGUACUUGCCACCCAGCAUAUCCACGUGCAGAAGUCAUGAGAAGAACCAAGAGGAGACGUUGACUUUAGGCAAAACCUAAAGCCAGAUGGGAACCAUCCGGCGAGGUUACUUACCAUUCUCCUCUGCAGCUGAUUCGGGGCUCUCACAUUGGCCAUACUCCGAUUCCCCACCAUUGUUGCUGCCUAUCCAUUAGAGGGAGGUUGAAAUAUUGAGAUGUUCUUCAGAACUUUGGCUUCCUUUGGAAAGUUCCGGUUGGUGUGACUUUAGUAGGCUGCACCCUGUAAACUCACGAUAUGUUCCCAGGACACUGAUUUCAUAUCAUGCUUUGGGACACCUCUGUUCUGUGGAUUUUGUUCCCCAACCUCAAAUGCGAAGAGGAAUGUCCACCUAUUUUGCUUUUCAUCUUGACCACCACCUCUUCACAUGGCUGAUCAUAUGUUAAACUCAAGAAAUCAGGGGCAAUUUCCAAGCUGCCCAUUUUUCAGUUGGUUCACUCUACUUGUUGAGAAGAUAGAUUCAGAAUGACAUGAUUUAUCCACAUGGGUUUCCAUGGUUUUCUGUGUUGACAUUAAUAACCAAAUAAACUUUCAAAACAACUUCUUUAAAUAAUAAGGGAUAGGGGAACCUAAAAUGGGUGACAUGCCAAUGCAAGAUUGCUGGGCAAAACUAAAGAUAGCAGAGUCCCUUUCAGGGGUAGGAUAGAGAGAUUCUGAUUUUCUUUCUGUAACAUCAUCUGAUUUAUGUAGAGGAUCACUUCUAGCUGUUUUAAACAGAAAAAAAAAAUCACCACUCUUUUCAGUUAAACUAGGUUACAUUUUAAUAGCUCCUUUGCAUUUGUUUUAAAGCGAUUUUCAUCUUUUGUGGUACACAGACUCAAUUGUAUCUUUCUAAUAACUAUCCUUGUAAAUACUAGAGGCUCUUCUUUCCAUAUCUCUAUCAAAAUCAUCUUGAUGGAUUGCCCAAAUUUGACCCUUUAUGAAUAUAUGUUCUUUAUUUGCAAAAGCCAAAAAAAUCAAGUGAAACAGCAUUGUAAUUCAAAGCAACAACAACUGGUUUGCUCUGAAUUUCCAGAUGGCAAGACUAAGGAAAAAUGGUCUAAACAAGGUUUUUAGCCUACUGUUACUGCACUGGGGUUUGAGUGAGCAAAGGAGGUUUCAGCUUUGUUGUUCUCCCAUGGAUAAAAAGGGGAGGAUUUUUUUAUCUUUCUUUCUUUCUUUCUUUUUUUCUUUCUUUUUUUGCCAUUGAUGUUCCAGCCAGUAUAAUAGACAGAAGUCUCAUUUUGCACGCACUCUGCUCUACAGAGUUGAUGUACCGCUGUGCUCACCCUUGAAGAACUGGUCUCCCACAACCAUUCACCUGGUGAGCUGGAAGAUGAGGAUCAUCUACUGGACAAGUCACGGGAAGCAUCUCCAAAGAAGUUUGCAGGGCUUGAUGUACACGGAGAGUGAGGAAGAAAAAAAGAAGGAGCAAAGAGAGGAAGGCCCAGCUGCUGACAGCUGCCAAAGUCAUGAACUCUGUGGUCAAAGAAAAGAGCCCUGUGGCAGUUUCAACUCUCAUUCAUUGGGCUUCUUGCCUGGGCCUGGCCUCUGAGCUAACAUGGGGGUUAGAUUCUUUGUUCCAUAGCUUUUCUAUGCCACAGGCAACAUUGUUGUUCUUGGAAAGUUCAUUAUUUUUUUAAUUACCUUACUCCAAGAAAGGGAUUUUUGGAAGGAUUCUGUCAUAUAUCUUUGAAAAAUGAAAAUCAGUAGUAUGUAUAUUUUUAUGUAUGUUCACUGGCACUCAAAAAAACAAAAAAAACCAAAAAACAAAAAAAAAAAACCAAGAGCUUCACUCUGUCCUUUGGGUAGUUGCUGAGGUAAUUUUUCAGGUUAACAAAUAAUGUGCUGAUGCUAAAAUCCCUCCCUGUCCAUACUCUUUCUAAAGACUUACAGACAUAUAUAACAGGAUGUAUUUGACUUGUACUUUAAGAGAAAGUAUGUCCACCAUCUACCUGAUAUUGACACUACAAAAUGACCUAACUUUGAGCUUCAGGAAGAUUCUGAACAUCAUUUUCAUGAGGCACAGCACAGAUGUGGCCUUGUUCCCCCUUUUCUCCCUUGAUAUUCAGCAGGACACAAAGCCCAAGCCACUCCCUCUGCCCCUUUCUAGCCUGUGCCAGCACUGCAUUUCAUGAGACCUUCUCCAGACAAUCUACUAAGUAUCCUGCAUAUCUUGCAUUUUUUUUUUCUGUUCUCCCUUCACAACCUUGCAAAACAAGAGAAUGACUACUCAUUGUCCUAUGCCAGUGACCCAGGUGAGAGGGCACUGGGCCAAGGGAGUCGUUUCCAUGCUUGACCCUGUGUGAAGGGUCACGAGAACCAGAAAUACUAAAGCACCAGAUCCUGUCCCCAUCUUAAAGUCAAAUCAAGCCAUUUAGCAUGUGCAAUUUCUUGGAAAAGAAAGUUUUUCCCCUUGAUGUCCUUAUAGGCAUACCUGUUCUCACCACUGAUCUCUUUGAAAUUCUUUGAAAGUACUGUUUAAAAAGACAGAAAAAGAUUUGAAAGCAUCACAUUAUGUAACCAAAGAUUACAGUGUAUCUGCUAAGAUGCCAAAAUUUUUAAGGGCAGGGAGGGAGCAAGCAUUAGUACCAUUUUGGUAAGCUAUCCAAAGACAGACUAACAGACUUUGCUGGUGACUGACUUUUAAGAGUUUUGUAGGGUUUUUUCCUCACAAUAUGCAUUUUUAGAAGAGUUGAAAAUUAUUUGGAAAACAUGGGAUUGUGGGUCCUUCAUUAAGUGAUUUUAUAAGCAGAACUAGCGUUCCUUUUCUCUAAUAAUUGCUAAGCAAAUUCUUGAAGCUCCAUCAAUGCAUGGUUGGAAAUAGAGCUGGUCUUGGCCACUGUGUUUUCUGUUGCCCAUGUAAGCUUCUCUGAAGAUGUGAAGCCCUUGUUGAGAAGGGAUGUGUUUAAAGGACUAGAUUUUGCACUAGAAGGACAGCAGGCAGAAACCCUCAUUUCUGCCCAACUUGGAUGGCAUAAAAAGUUUUCUGCAGUUUAAGGCAGAAAGUUGAAGUAUAUUGUAAAUGAGUAUUUGUAUCCAUGUUUCAAAAUUGAAUUAUAUAUAUAUAGAUAUAAUGUGUUCUAAUAGCUUUAUCUUUCUCUGCACCUUUAUGUUUGGUUCCAGGUCAUAUCCAAUGCCAUGUGCUUGUGAGAGAGGCUGUAGUUACAUUUUGGUAUCUCUCUCAGAAUGGACAAGACACCUGGAUUGAUCGAAAAAUUAAGAGAUCUCUGCCCUGGUUGGGCCUGAACUCCAGGUCUUGUGAAGGGACAGAGUGGGGGAAAAGCAUCGGGUACAUGAUGUAUUGCACUUUACUGACAUAAGACAGAUGAAUGUGGAAAGGAUGGUGAAGACUCAUUGGACCUGACUGAGAUUUCCCAUAGGGAAGGCUCAUGCUUAGAGCUGAAGGCCUGCCCAAGUAACUGGCCAGUCACCCCCUAUUGGGACCUGAGCCUUUGGGAGAAGGAAGGCUGUUCCUUCGUCUUCGCCAUCCUUGUCAGAAAAGGGCGGUUGCCUGCACUUGGGAACCUGGAGCAAGUGCUCCAUCUUUAACACCAAUUCCCUCCACUGCGAUUGAGGUGCUCUUGCUACUGGGUGUCUCUGUGCUUUCAUUCUGGUUUUGAAUAUGUUCUGUAAAGACUUUGAAAAAUGCUAAUGUGUUUUUCUCUGUUAGAACUUGUCAGUGUAAUAGAAGUUGUAUCUCUGUAGGUAUACAGGUCCACCUCUGCCCACGGUUGGGGUGUUUCUCUUUGAGUAUGAGUUCAACACUGGGAUAUGUUACUCAGAGCCUCCCAACUCUCAACCAUUUCUAGGUGAAGGCAGACGCAUCCAUAUUAGCCACUCUUCCUCAGACAUUUCAGCAAAUAUCUGAACAAAUUGCACCAAGUUAUUUGGAAUUCCUCCAUCCCCCCCCCCCCAAAAAAAAAAGGCUGCGGUAGCUAUUUGAACAUUUAGGUGGAAUUUUAGAAUGAAAAACAGCCUUCGACCCAGCUUCGAUUUUUCUUCAUUUUAUUUGGCCAGAAAGUAUGUAAUGUGCAUCAGUUGGUUUCCAAUUCCAAACUAGUCUAAGAGGGAUAUGGGUUUAUUUCUUUGCCCAUGUUUCCUAGCCUUUUAUGGCGUUAAAUGAGAAACGGUGAAAUAAGUGGCCCUUGUGGCCUCAAACAGUUCCCACAUGAGCUACUUAACUAAAUAGUCAUGUAGCUGGAGAUUCCAUUGACCAUUGACUGGAACACACACAUGUACCAUACCCUCCAAGGAAAGACCAUUCUGAAAUGUGGUUGCUUCUGUGGCAGUGCCCUUUCUGGCUGCUGCCUCACAGACUGGGACCCUGUAGUCGGCACAGGAGACAAGCCAGGCUUGAAGUAUCUUACAACCUUAGCCCUUGGUGCUAACUGUCCUGCAGUGGAGUGCCUAUAGGGUUGUCCUGGCCCAUAAGCCACUUUGGUGCUGAGAGCAGCCACCAUCAGGAUGCCCCAAGCAAACACACACACACAACAAAAACCAAGAAUUCCCUUGCCACCCAGUGACACCUUUCUGCUUUCUCCUAGACUGGAACAUUGAUUAGGGAGUGCCUCGGACAUGACAUUCUUGUGCUGUCCUUGAGAUUAAUUUGGCAGCAGGAGGGAACAGACUAUGUAACCAGAGAUAAGAAUUAAUUUUCGAUGUUGAGGGAAAAAAGAAAGACAAAAGAGAGAGAGAAAGAAAACAUCAUACAAAGUCGUUUUGUUUUGUUUGGUUUGGUUUUUCUGUUUUUUACAAAAAGAAACUAAUUUUGCUUGAAACUUCUUUUGACGGGGCUUCACAGUGGCCCUUGGCCUCCAUUGGGCAGCAGAAGCAGCCCCAAGCGCUAGUGUUCUGUUCUCUUUUUGUAAUUUUGAAAUCUUUUUGUUGCUCUAAAUACAAUUAAAAAAAUGGCAGAAUCUUGUUUGUUGGAAUACAUGUGUGACUCUGGAUUUGUCUCUGCGUCUGCUUUCAGAAAUGUCAUCCACUGUGUGAAUUAUUGCCUUACUGAUCUGCCAGCUAAAACUUGGCCUCAGCCUCUGGUGUGGCUGCGGGCUCAAGUUAUUGUUAACAAAGAGACCCUACAAAAGCUGCUAAUGUCCUCUUAUCACUGUUGUUAAUUUGUUAAAACAUAAAACCAUCUAAAAUUUCA